AUGGCCAAAGUUAAGUAUUUGGCUUUAAUACCACCACCCUGCAAUAAGAUCAUCUUUAAGGAAGCAGCUAAGGCUUUCGGACUCCUACACGACGAUACAGUAUUGGAGUCAAAUCUUUUGAAAGGAGGACGUACCUAUCACUCUCAGUUUAUACUUUCAGUACCGUUAACGGAGACUUCAACCUCAAGUAUGAGAGCAAAUACAAAUGAUGCCCAGCAAAUUAAAAAAUCCAAACUUAUAAUAUGGAACGAGGCAACAAUGGCACACAGUCACGCACUUAAUGCUGUUGAUAAGUUAUUAAAAAUUUUUACUGAAAAAUCAAAAUUUUUUGGAGGCAAGGUCUUGCUGCUUGGAUGUGAUUUUCGCCAAUGUUUUCCUGUGGUGCCACAUGCUCACUGGGUUGCUGUUGUACAAACUUCAUUGAAGUACUCAGUUCUCUGGUCAAACUUUAAAAUUUUACCACUAAAAACCAACAUGCGAGCAGUGGACACGACAUACAGAGAUUGGCUUUUAAAAAUGGGCAAUAGAGAGCUAACAUCGGAGUUUGGAGAAGAUAUUAUUGAAAUUCCAAAUGAAAUGAUGGUUCAAGACUCAAUUGUAAAGAGCAUUUUUGGUGAAAAUUUUAAUUCUUCUACAGUAGAAAAGUAUUCAAAAUCUGCCAUUCAUUGCCCUAGAAAUGAUGACGUUUGGCAAAUCAACGAGGAGGUAUUAAACUUUUUAGAGGGCGAGCGUUCCACAUACUUGAGUAUUGACACAGUAGAAUGUGAUAGCAUAGCCGAGAGAGAAAACUAUCCGGUCAAGUUUUUGAACAACCUUUCACCAUCUGGUAUGAUGCCUCAUAAAUUAAACCUCACAUUCGAUGCUAUUAUGCGUAAUUCAAAACUAUUUGCCAAAUCAUAG